AUGGACAAAGAGGAGGAGCUCCGCAUCCCAGACUUUCAUGAGCUGGAGCCCCGCGCGGCCUGUGACCGGGUUGGCCGGCUCCUUCGCCAGCGCGGCGCUUGCCUGAUACCCUUGGCCGUUCCCGAAGGAUCCCUGGGCCAAGCGAGGCAAGAGAUCGUCAGGCAUCGACUGGAAGACCGCCUCACACGAACGCCGCGGCAGGUGGCCAGCGCCUACUUCGGGAAAGCCUCGGGGUGGACCAUGCAACUCUCACCCCCGACCGCCGAAGUGCCCGAGGGCCAGAAGGCUCUGCGCUUCAUCGACGCGAGUCUCGAGGGCCUUGGCGGCGUGGUUGCUGCGGCUGCACGGCUGCACCUUGCCCGGACUGUGAGCAGUCGAAGUGCGGCGCUCGUGCACCACCCCACGGGGACUUCCGAGUUGGACCAGUCUGAAGAUGAGGUCUCUGAAGACGAGGCCUCCGGGGACGACCGACCCUUGCAGGAGAAGGUCAAGCAGUUGGGCCCACAGGAGGUGUGGCGCCACAUCCUCCACUGCGGACGCCGUAAGGUAGUGAUGCUCGUCGCCUUCCAGCCGACCAGUCUCCAGCUGAAGCCGAGGGCCAAAGCCUACAAUCCCGUUCAGCUGGAGCUGAGAGAGGGUGAAGCCUUCAUCUACCUCCAUGAUGCCUGCUUCCUGCAUGUCAGCGAUGACCUUACUCCGGGACCACUCUUGCAAGUUGACCUGAAGAUCGAGCGUCCCCGCGACCAGCGGACCGAGGAGCUCCUGGACGUACCACAGCCUCUGAUUCAACUGUACUCGAAGCUCUUGGAAGCCACCAAGGAGUCUCCCGGCGAGGAGGUCGGGCUCCGGUUCUUGCGAGACGCGCACCUGCAGACACUGCGCGGCGUUGGCAUCGCCUCGCUCCAUGUGGAGCUGCCUUCCGUGUGCUUACAAGGAAGUGGCCCCACCCCUCUGGCGGCCUGCCUCCUCGGGGGCCUGGACACGGCGACGGCCGUUGCGCCGCCCCCGCCCAUGCGCCGGCAAUUCUGCGAGCGGCAGUUCUACGGCGCCAAGUGGGACCUGAAUGAGUACUUUGGCCCAGAUGGCGAGGCUUCUUCCGAGAUGUACUGCAAGCACCUCUCCGUGCUGUAUCGCAGCUAUGGCAUCUCCGACUUCGACUACCGGUACUUUGGCAUGACGGCCAUGGAGGCAAACAACCUGGACCCCCGCUGCCUGCUACUCCUCGAGGGCCACACCGCCGCGCUCCAUGCAGCUGGAACGAGGGACUCUGCGUCUGCGUCUCGUCCCUUUGGUGUCUUCUCUGGCUUGUGCAGUGGCCUGGGUUUCAUGUCCAAGUCCAACCCCUCGGUGAUCGUGGGCCAGGUCAGUGAGCCUCUGAACUUCACAGGGCCUAUCAUGAACUUGGACGCAGGCGACGCAUCCUCCUUGCUGGCGGUCGAACGUGCUGUCGUCAGCCUCCGCAAGGCCGAGUGCGAAGCUGCCCUGGCGAGCUCCGCGCACUGGAUCAACGGCCCGGGGGAGGUCCUGGCGCUGUGCCGCGACAGACUCAUCUCACGCAGUGGCCAGACGCGCGUCUUCGACGCUGCGGCCGACGGCUUCGUGCCGGGCGAAGGCGUGGUGGUUUGCAUGCUGAGCCCGCAAGGGGCGGGCGACAGCGAGCGAAGCUGCAUUGUCGGCGUUGGCGUGAAGUCAUCCGGAAAGGCCUCCAACCUCAAGGCGCCACACGCCCCGAGCGUCACCGAAUUGCUGGCGAAGGCUGCCCGCGACAGCGCGCUGCCCCUGGCGAUCUUAGAUGCCGUGGAGGCUUCUGCAGGUGGCAUACCGGCCGCAGACACCUCGGAGCUCGCGCUGCUCGGCAAGGCCCUGCAGCACCGCGACGGGGGCCAGCCCGUGGUCGUGUCCUGUGCCAAGGCCUCCUUCGGCCACGCCGGGCCCACCAGUGGACUGGUAGGGAUGGCCCGGAGCCUGCUGCUGCUGGGCCGUGGACUCCAUGGGCCUCAGCUACACCUGCGGGUGCUCCCGGGGGCGAAGCGGAAUGGCGACUCGAGGAGCAUGCACAUCCCAACGGAAGUCGUCGCAGGCCGCCACGCCUCGCAGAUCUUUGGCGUUUCCUCCUUUGGCUCGUCAGGCCUCUACGCCCACCACCUUGUCCUGGCCGAACCUCCCUCGGCUCCCUCGAAGGCGAGCCACGACCUAGCGCUGUUGUGGUGGCCAAACCGAGUGAAGCGGAAGGAUCAUGGCCUGGUCUACCGUGGCUACUACCUCCAGGGCACCAUGACCACCUGGUCGGAGGGCCUGCGCAUGACCCGCGUCAGCGGGGAGGAUGAGAUCGACACCUUCGAGGGGUACGUCCGCCUUGAAGGCGAUUAUCCCGAGAGCUUCCAGAUAUGGGUGGACGAGGACCCAGACAAGGCGCUCCACCCGCCGAGCCGGGGCUCCGUCGCUGAGGCGCCCGUGCUGGGCCCCGCCGCCGCUCCCAGGUCCCUCUGCUGGCAGAUUGGCAAGGACGGCCGCGCCGGGGACGGCUACCGCAUCUGGCUUCAGGUCAACGGCAAGCUUCGGCGAGUGGCCUGGACGAAGCUGCGCCAGGCCUCACCUUCCUUGUUCGGGACUCCUUGCCCCCAUGGCUUCAGCAUCAUCGGGGAUCACAACGCCUGGACCUUUGGGGCCAUGUUGCAGGAGCCAGAUGGGUCUUUCAGCGCGGAGGUGCAGCUUCUAAAGGCCCUCAGCAACUUCCAGAUCUUCCGCGACGCUGACUUCGAGCAAGGCUUCUACCCAAAAGGAGCCACCCCCGAUGAGUCCGACGGCACGGUCCAGCUGAGUGGGGAGGACAUCCUCGGCCCGGACCCGCACGGCCAUGGGUAUAACUUCCAGGUGGCAGGCCAGGUCGGUGCCAUCUUUCGCGUGGUCUUCAGCAGGCGCGCCGGCUCCUCCUCCAUCUCUUGGAAGCAGGUUGGAUGGCGCGCUGUGGACUUCCAGGAGAUUGUCAAGUCCCACACCUACUUCGUGGCGGGAUCCUGGGACAGCUUCGCGAGCUGCAAGGAGAUGGUUCGCGAUUCUUGCGGCAACUGGUCCGUCGAGGUCACGUUGCAGAAGAACGUGGAAACUUUCCAGAUCCUUCUGAACCGCAAUUGGUUUGCCACCGUGCACCCGGACGUAAGCCGAGCUGUCUGGGGUGACGAUUUCCGUGUGGAGGGCCCGGACGAAGCGGGGCACGGCAAAUACUUUUGCCUAGGCGCCGGCUGCGAUGCCCUCGAGGCCGGCUUGACGGCCCUGAUCAAGCUCGAGAUACAAGAUGGAUUUCCUUCCCGUGUUAGCUGGGAGAGGUCUGACUCCGACCGCGCACACGAGCUGCGCAUCGCGGCAGGCCUCGGAAAGUUCUCUGAGAGGCAUCUGCGGCUCCUGGGCCUGAUCCCCUGGAACGAGGAGACCGGCGCCGAACCGCGCUUCAACGACCAACCGGACUGGUGGAACGAAGGACAUCUCAGCUUCAGCCACGUGGUUGAGGCCCGGCAGAAGAAGUUCGAGGACGCGAGGCGCACCAAGGAGGCGAGGGACACUCCUGAGAAUGAGCUGGCUGAGAAGCUGAGGGAGCUGGCGUCGCUCGCCUAA